AGACUCACCAAGGUAGAAAAAAAUAUUUAACCGAAACGAAACCGAGAGGUGUUCUUUUGCUGUUUCUAUUUCUUAACAAUUUAUACGCAUUAUUUGAACUUGGCUAUAUAUUUUGCUGCUGCUUGUAGCAGAUCUGUGGUGGUCUCAAUUUAAUACUAAUAUUUCUAUUGACAUAACCUAAAUCUACAAAAUGUCGCUAGCCAUUCUAGAAACCGCAGAAAUUUUUGGAACUACUAUUGGAUCACCUAACCUGACUGUGGUUCAUUUUUCCGCUGAUUGGGCUGCCCAGUGUGGGCAGGUUUCAGAUGUGCUCAAAGAACUGGCAAAGCUUCCUGAAAUCCAAGCCAGCGGUGCCAAGUUUUGUAUUUGUGAUGCUGAGAAAUUAUCUGAAGCAUCCUUGAAAUAUAAGGUUGAUUCAGUGCCAACAGUAAUACUUUUCAAAAAUGGGAACUUGUUAGACAGAGUAGAUGGGGCUGAUGCUUCUCAGAUCUCAGCCAAAGUCAAGGCACACAGUCUAGGUAAAGGAGCCGCUGUGAGUGUGGCAGCAGCACCAAAGCAACCCUUAGAAGAAAGACUAAAACAGCUCAUCAACAGGCAUAAUGUUAUGGUAUUCAUGAAGGGCAACAGAGAUAGUCCUAAAUGUGGAUUCAGCAGGACUCUCAUACAAAUUCUUAAUGGCACUGGGGUCCAGUACGAAACUUUUGAUAUCCUGACUGAUGAAGAAGUCCGCCAAGGUCUGAAGGAGUACUCGGACUGGCCUACAUACCCACAACUCUAUGUGAAAGGAGAACUUGUUGGGGGAUUAGAUAUAAUCAAAGAGCUUCUAGAAAAUGGUGAAUUAGACUCUACACUGAAAGCCUGAAAAUGAUAUGCAGUUAUUUGUAUAAGUUUUGAAUAAAACAUAAUUUGGCUGCUUGA